AUGUUGUCCACCGUCGUCGCCGUAAUUGUCGCCUUUACGCCCCUCACCCUUGCAAAGGAGAGCUACGCGACUCUCAGCAAGGCACCAGCGUACAAGAGGAACUUUGCGCCACUCCCUGCGGCAAUCAUCCACAAAAGACAGCUCCUGACUUGCAACCAAACGUACGGAGGGGAUUCUCAGGUCUGCGGGGGUGUGGACAGCACAUUUUGCUACAGCCCUAGUGCUGGCCAUACGUGCUGUCCGGACAAAGGAUACUGUGAGCGAGGUUCCUACUGCGCUCCUGUCGCUGGUUUCUGCUGCGCCGAGGUAGGUGUCGUACGCUGCCCUGAAUAUCUCAUGGUGUUGACAAAGCUUCAGGGAGAGGACCUAGGCACUUGUGCGCAGAAUGCGGGCUUUACGAUUCCAGGUACCCUUGCAGUCACGGCAACCGUUGCCUCGGCGGUGUCCUCCGUCACAAACGCUAUUGGAUUGACUUCGUUCCAGCCAGACCCGGCCCAGGCAUCCUCGACGACCGAAAUAGAUUCCAUCGACAGAACCCAGUAUUUCGACAAUACCGGCAGCAACACAAGGGCCCAGCGCGACAUCGCCAUUCGUACAGGUGGCAUCCGCGCCAAUAACGUGUCAGAUGGGAGUGAAGACGUUGGCGCUUAUUCCAGAUCCGCUGCCGGCGUUCAGGCGAGGGACAAUAAUAUCCUUUAA